CACCACCUUCUUCUUCCCUGAUCGGGCACAUUGUGAUAGAUCUUGUCUGAAGGCUCUUAAUAUCAAACCACCACCCCUGCAGAGCUGCACACCGAGGAGGCGACCAUCAUGAGCUCUUGGCUAUGAGACAUCAGGAGCCAUGGCGGCUUGGCACCGGAUAACCGCCCUCUCUUCGCUGCUCCAAGUCGGUUUGUUAUUGUUGCUGUUGUCGGCUCGGAGCAGCGGGAGACCGUUGGAAAAAUGUCCCGGCGACAAGCCUUGUCAGCUAGCGAAACCUCCCGUGGUCCUCAUUCCAGGGGAUUUAGGAAACCAGUUGGAGGCGAAGCUGGAUAAACCCAGUGUGGUCCAUUACAUCUGCUACAAAAAGACCGACACCUUCUUCACUCUGUGGCUCAACCUGGAGCUGCUGGUCCCUGUGGCCAUAGACUGCUGGAUAGACAACAUAAGGCUGAUUUACAACAGCACCACACACAGCACCACGUCCCCUCCGGGCGUGGACAUCCGCGUCCCGGGGUUCGGACAGACGUAUUCACUGGAGUAUCUGGACCCCAGCAAACGCAGUGUGGGCAUGUACUUCUUCACUAUAGUGCAGGCGCUGGUGGAGUGGGGCUACACCAGAGAUGAUGAUGUCAGAGGAGCUCCCUAUGAUUGGAGGAAAGCUCCCAAUGAGAAUAAAGAGUAUUUCCAGAGGCUGCAGGACAUGAUUGAAGAGAUGGCGGAGAAGGCUGGCGGGCCCGUGGUGCUCAUUGCUCACAGCAUGGGCAACAUGUACACCUUGUACUUCCUCAACCAGCAGCCACAGGCCUGGAAAGACAGAUACAUCAAAGCUUUCAUCGCUCUGGGACCGCCAUGGGCAGGGGUGGCCAAGACCCUCCGCGUGGUCACCUCUGGUGACAAUAACCGCAUCCCUGUGAUCAGCCCAUUGAAGAUUCGCUCCCAACAACGCACUGCUGUCUCCACCUCCUGGCUGCUCCCCUACGCCCACUCUUGGCCCAAAGAUCAGGUCUUGGUGCAGACGCCCACCGCUAACUACACUGUGCUGGACUACAAGCGUUUCUACACAGACAUUGGUUUUGAGGACGGCUGGCUGAUGCGGCAGGACACGGAACCGCUGGUGGCUGACCUCACUCCCCCUGGCGUGGCUGUUCACUGCCUGUACGGCAGUGGCGUCCCGACGUCACAGGCCUUCCAGUACUCUGACAAGUUCCCCGAUGUGGAGCCCACGGUGGUGUACGGUGAAGGUGACGGGACGGUGAACCUAAAUAGCGCCAUCCAGUGCGGUCGGUGGGUGGGAAAGCAAAAACAGCCUGUGAAGUUACAAGAGCUUCCGGGGAACGAACAUGUGAACAUGUUGUUGAACUUCACGACUGUGGCUUACAUCAAGACUGUGCUGUUCUCCCCCUGACGCUGGCAGAAACUGAGGCUGAUGGCUUUGCGUACACACACACACCCAUACACACACAGAGCCAUACGAAGGACAGACACGGACUUGCUCAUCUCGCCUGUCUCUCUGAACAUUGACUGCCAAAUUACUCCUCUUACAUGCCACAUUGCUCAAGAAGAAAGUAUUGACAUUUUGUAAAACAACUGCAGGAUUAAACUAAUUUUAAAUUAAUUUUAUAGCUGUAAUUAUAUAACUUACGUUAAUGUCAGGUUGUUUACUGUUGAGUAAGCCUAAAUACAGUGACUUUUUUUAUUGGUCCCAGCUUUUAAAGAACCCCAGAUUUUACCUACUAAAUCUGCGUUAUUCUGAUAAAGGACACGCUUAUGUUUAAAUCUAAAACCAGGGAUAUACUAUACUGUGCCACUUUCCAGAGAUAUUAAUCAAAAUCAGAUCUUUUUAUUAAUGUUGUGAAAGAGAUUUCUGAACUCCUUUGACUCUAAUGUUGUUGGGCUAAGCACAUGCUGUUUUUGUAUCUUCCUCAGUGCAACAGGUCACAUGUUUCAGUGUUUGGUAAAUGUUCAAAACCAAAACAACUUGAUACGUCUUUUUUGUCUUUUGAUUUCUAGUGAUCCUUUUGUUGAUCUUUUUUUUUUUUUUUUUUUGCAUGCAGCCAAGCUAAAUGCCCCUGAUGGUCUGAGGGCUUUGUUUUUUGUGUCAUUCAUAUUACAUGACUUGUGUGCCGAAGGACUGGAACCACACCUGGGAAGCAUAGAUGUUUAUUUUAGUCACAAUGAAGCCACUCAAAGGUCAAACUAAAAGAUUAAAUGGUUUUAGACAAAAACACCUCAACUCAAAGUCCACUUACCAGAUUUUUCAGGAGCUUUUAUCACAUCUCACGCUGUUAAUGAAUGAAAGGAAACGCCUUUACUCGUUGAUGAAGACUGGAGGAGCAGAGAUACAGUUGAAAGCUCCAGGAAAUAGAGUCAUGUGAUUUGUUUUGUAUAAAAACAAGACUCAAAUAGUGGAACUCCGGUAUUUUUCCAACCUGCACCCUAUUUUUCCAUGUUUUUGUGUCUGAGUAACUUGUGAGAACAACGAUUUUUGAAUUCGUCCAGUAUUGAGUGAGAUUGCUGCAGCGAAACAGGCUACAAUAUAGCCAACGUCAGGGUAGGUGCAUCUCGCCAGCUGACGUCUAUUAAAAGAGUUAGUGUUUUUUAUCACUAACAGGCUCAGAUUGUUAUUAAGAGUGUGUGACAUCAUUACAGAGGGACGCUAAAGAGAGAUUAAAUGGUUUUCCGUAGCCUUUGCUUGUUCCAGUCUGUUUGGUGUCCGAGUCUCACCUUGAAAUAUUGCACUUUUUCAUAUUACACUACUCAGUCAUGACACUGAUAAUCUUUAAGAGAAGAGUAAGAUACACUCACACACUCCUCUCUCCAACUCUCAUUCAUGUUUCCACCGUUUUUUUCCUGCAACAAGUCACCUCGUGAGAUGUCAGAACGAGACUUCUCCUGAAGCGAGACUUGGAUGCAAAACAGACCAGAACAGGCAAAGCACACAGAAAAAUAAUUGUCCUUUCCAUAAUGUUGUAAGACUCUCAUAGUAAUACUUUAAAUGUAUGUAAAUUAACGAGGCGCCCUGCCUCGAGGGGUUACUUUGUAACUUGUUUCACCACUUGUAGCUGCAGCACUGUCUUUCCAUAUUGGACCAGUGUCAUUGUUCCCAUGAAUCACUUAGACACAAGAACAUGGAGAAAAAAAAAAAAGGGUCUAGGUGAAAACAAACAAACCCAAACAAAAUGGAGUUCCUGUUUAAACAAAAAGACUUCUCAAAAACUAAACUUGCCUUAAGGACUUAUUACUAACUUUUUCCGGUGCUUUCACCUGCAUCUCAUGUUUGCUCAGUUGUCCUAUCCAAAGUCUCAGGCUUUAGGUCAUGUGAUGAAGCUUUAUCCGCUGGUGUCCAACAUAAGAUGUAGGUGAAAGCACCGGUUCUUACUUUGACAAUCUACUGUUUCUGAUGUCAAGAAAGAGCUUUCAAGCUAAUUUUUCCAUAAAAUUUAAACAAAUAAACUCAUUUUAAAUUUUGUUGCCUUCUGACUGCAUCAGAAACAGCUUAAUAGUAAAGACGGGCUGUUUUUUUAAAUGGUUUGAAUUAGUGCUUGAUCAUUCACGCUUAACCUAAAAUUAAAUAACCAGCCAUAUAAUGCUUUCUCUUCACUUCCCAUGUCCUUUACAGUACAUUUUAAUAGUUCUAUACAGAUGUUUGUGCCCAGGUUUAGUUUAUGUGCAUACACAUAUGGAUUCACACAGGCACAAAUGAGGGGACUUUUUUGUUUGAUGGUGUAAAUCUGAUGUUUACUUUACUGUUUAUUAUUUGUUAUUUCCUCUUUCAGUUUCGACAGACUUGAAGAGUUCCAAGUGCAGAGUUUAAACCCGGACUCUUUGUCCUUGCUGACAUGCAGUCAAAGUCUCUCUGACCCGAGUGAUUGUACUGUGCCAACCAAGAUGAUAAACUCUGAGUAUCAUAUCUGCUGUGAACUAUCAUAAAUGUGUGUCAAACAUGUGCUGCCUUCUAUAGAGUAAAAUAUUUCAAAUAUUGCA